AGCUUGUAUGUGAAAGUGAGUCUAUUAUUAAAUCAGUUUGCUCUUGAUGUGUUUACAUGAAUGUGCAGUGCAGGCAAAAUACAUUAAACCUCCAUGCAUAGUUAUCUGAUUAAAAUAAAACUAAACUAAAACUUGAUUUCAGCUUGUGACUUGGUUACUCUUUACUUUAUCUGUUUCACUUCCACUAUAGUGUUCAUUACUGUGUUUGUGUGGAUAUAGGAUUGAAAUUAUUACUAAUAUGUGAAUUCUAUAAAUUCAAUGACACAAUCUUUUAUUAAAAAUAUAUAUUUUUUAAAACUAAAUGAAGAUGUAAACUGAUGAUUGAAUGAUUGAUGUUUUGUAUUCAGUUUAAACAUCUCUGCAUGCUUUGCUGCGAAAUAAGGAACUGCACCUCAUCUUGUCUCAUCUAUUUAUUUCUGGGUGUCCGUGUGAAGGUCACAUUUUAUUGUCAAGCUCAUUUCAUAUUUCAAAUACUUAGCAUUUUUUUACUUUCAGAAAGUUUUUUCCUUUGAGUCAACUACUGAAAAAAUGUUUCAUGCAUUUAUUAUUUUCUGUAUUUCUUUGUACCUAACUGGCGUAAAUACAGACGAAAUGAAGUCAGUGUCAGUGACGGAGGGCGAAUCUGUCGUCUUAAACACCGAUCUUACAGAAAUACUGAAAGAUGAUCUGAUACUGUGGACAUAUGGAGCUAAAAGCAUUCACUUGGCUAAAAUCAACAGAUUGCAGAAAGAGAUCUUUAAGGACGGUGGUGUUGAAAGAUUUGAAGAAAGACUAAAGCUGAACGAUCAGACUGGAGAUCUCGCCAUCACAAACAUCAGCACAGAUCUCUCGGGACUUUAUCGAACAGAAAUCAUCACUGGAAAUAAAGUUUUAAAGAAGAACUUUACUCUUACUGUCUAUGCUCAUCUACCCGUUCCUGUCAUCUCCAGAUACUCUUCACAAAGUUCUUCAUCACCAUCAUCAAAUUGUUCCUUAUUGUGUUCAGUGUUAAAUGUGAGAGAUGUGAUUCUGUCCUGGUACAAAGGAAACAGUUUAUUGUCUAGCAUCAGCGUGUAUAACAUUAAAUCAACCGCAUCUCUUCAUCUGGAGGUGGAAAAUCAGGACAACAACACAUACAGCUGUGUGCUGAACAAUCCCAUCACAAACCAAACUCAACAUCCUAACAUCACUCAUCUCUGUCGCACAAUUUUAGCAUCAGAAUCAGAAUCUGAAUAUGUCCAUUACUUUGGUGUACCUGAAGCGAUAACCCGAUUGGUCGUCGCAGCUCUGGUGGGCGUGGCUGCUGUUGCUGUGGUGAUUUAUGAAAUCAUAUCUAGCAUGUAAGAAAUUUGAUGAAGAGUUGAUGGAAAGCACAUACUGUAUGUUUAUAUACUCUGCUAUUUCUUUAUACUUUGUUUUUGUCCUCUAUGCCAAAUACUAUUGUGAAGUUUAUCAGUAAUGUGUUUAUUGAAUAAAUUAAAAUAUGUUUGAUGCGAUAUUUAAACUUUAAUGAAUAUAAAGGCUAACAAACGCUUUGUACUCCUAGUUAAAAUUACAUGUAUCAUUGUGUUUUUAUUAAAAGUGAUAUGAUUGUCUAUAGAAGCUUCUUUUAUUUACUGAUGUUAAUGUGUAAAUCGUGUAGACCUUAAAAACAUUUAGCAGCUUUCAAACAACAAUCUCAGCUCCUUCUCAAUUUCCCUUUUUGGCAGCUAAGUAGGCAAAACUGUGACCAUUUUGGAGAAGUGAAAGCUUUAAAAACAUUUAAUGGGUAGUUCUUCCUCUUUUAAAGUGUAUUAUGUGUUUUGCAAUGUGUUAAAUAAAUCUGAUGUGGUUUGAGUGA